AUGGCGUUCCGGGUCGCAUCAGCGGCUGCGGCCAUGCUUGUGCUGUGCAGUUCUGCGUUGGCAGCCCCUUCUCUGUUCGACUUCGGAGAGAGGCCGAUUAUUGGCAGGAACGACAAACUUCCCGCCCAACAGGUUCCAAGGCCUUCCAGGAGGGGCAUGUGCCGAACCGCUGGCACAGAUUUUAAGAACGGCGAAAAGGUUCUUGGUCCUCGUGCCCAUGAGAUCAUGGAUGUGACAGCUUUACCAACAGAAUGGUUCUGGGGAGAUGUUGAUGGUAUCAACUAUCUCACGGAGACAAGGAACCAGCACCUCCCACAGUACUGCGGCUCCUGCUGGGCUUUUGGAACGACAUCGGCACUAUCAGACAGGAUUAAGAUCUAUCGAAAAUGUGCUUUCCCGGAGAUCCUGCUUGCACCCCAGGUAUUGAUAAAUUGCAACGGAGGUGGUACUUGUAGUGGGGGCAGACCCACAGGCGUGUAUGAAUACAUGGAAGAGUAUGGUCUGCCAGAUGAGACCUGCCAAGCAUAUGAGGCAGUGAAUGGCCAAUGUGAUGCUCUUGGCAAGUGCAGGACAUGUGACCCAGGAACGGACCAGCUGCUCCCAGGAACAUGCUCUCCGAUUACAGAGUACGACAGCUUCACUGUUAAGGAGUAUGCGAGCGUACUGGGAGGUUCACCUUAUGAUGCAAACGGACGCCUGGCUACCAGAAUAGAACGGAUCAAAGCAGAACUGUACCAGGGUGGGCCUAUUUCAUGUGGUGUUUAUGCCACAGAAGAAUUUGAAGCAUAUGAGGGAGGAGUUUUUGAACAAGAAGGAUUCUUCAUUUUCCCCAACCAUGAGAUCUCACUUGUGGGUUGGGGAGUCGAUGCAAAUGGCACAGAGUACUGGAUAGGUAGGAACAGCUGGGGGACCUAUUGGGGAGAAAAUGGCUUCUUUCGUAUAAGGACUGGCAGUGCCAAUUUGGGCAUCGAGUACUCGUGCACAUGGGCCACCCCAGUCGUUCCAGACUAUCUUCAGACAGCUGACAGCAGAAGUUCAACGAAGCAGCCCGCAGCUGUCACCAGCCCUGCAGAUGCGCUUGUUGAUAGGGGCUUGUACUAUAUUCACAAGCACAUGAAGAUAACUUCACUCCACAAGCCAGGAGGUUGUAUCCUCAGGAAUCCAGGUCCUCCCAAAUCUCACGUGCUGUCAUCUCUGCCUCACACAUAUCUCACAAGCAGUGAUAUUCCCAACACCUAUGACAUUCGCAACAUCAGCGGAACGAACUAUGCAUCCAGAGACCGAAAUCAGCACAUUCCUCAGUAUUGCGGGAGCUGUUGGGCGCAUGGCACAACUUCAGCACUUAACGACCGAAUUGCCCUUAUGACCAAUGGGACCUACCCUGACAUUGUGACAUCGCCUCAGGUGCUUGUGAACUGCGUCACAGCGAAUAUGUCAAUGGGGUGUGAUGGUGGAGAUCCAACCGCUGCCUACUCCUACAUCUUGGAAAAUGGCAUCCCGGGUGAAACUUGUGCCCCCUACCAGGCCAAGAAUUUGCAAUGCAACCCCAUGGACACCUGCAUGAAUUGUGACGACAGUGGUGAAUGCUGGCCAGUGCAGCAGGGUGCUUACAAAUCGUUCCAAAUCGCUGAGCAUGGCCAGGUGGCUGGGGCAGAUGCGAUGAUGGCUGAAAUUGCAGCACGUGGACCCAUAGGCUGUGGUGUGUGUGCAAGCGACGACUUUGUUGCUUAUGCGGGGGGCAUAUUCAAUGACACCACAGGAUGCAACCAUAUUGAAGACAUCGAUCAUGAGAUUGAAAUUGCUGGAUGGGGAGAUGACAAUGGCACUGAGUUUUGGAUAGGUCGCAACAGCUGGGGCCGUUACUGGGGCGAGGAGGGAUGGUUCCGCCUUGCAAAAGGUCCAGGUGACCUUGGCGUCACCUUAGCUUGCGAUUGGGCUGUGCCAGCACCCCUGGACAAGAUGUUAUACCCGCCUGAGAAGUCUGCCCUUCAGAUGUCCAGGGCUAAGAGCCAACCAGCCAGUCACACGAGCAAAAGUGUGGUGUGA